UUGUUGGCGGAAAGCUUCAGUCUUCUGGAUUCAGUUGUAGACGGAGUUAGUAUUACGUGCUUAUUGUUUCACUAAUUGAGCUGUAUCGUGUGACUGCACUGUGUUUUUACGACACGGUGUUCUGACCAACUAUUUACCUCACGGGCAACGACAGUGAUGGAGUUGUCUCCUGUGUGUACUGAAAGCAUCAGCACAGAUGGCUGCAAUUUCAAACAUGAACGAGGUUACAGGAAGAGAAAUGUUACAAGAGAUGUGGAGAUGGACAUUGAGUUCCUCUACAAAGCCGUUCCUCAGUUGGCCAAGGUUUUCCGCAUCAUAGACAAAAUUGGAGAAGGUACAUUCAGCUCGGUGUACCUGGGUGAGGCUCAGGUGCGAGAUGGAAGGAAAGAAAUGUUUGCUUUAAAGCAUCUCAUCCCGACCAGCCAUCCUACACGCAUUGCUGCUGAGCUUCAGUGUCUCAAUGUUGCUGGAGGCAGAGAAAAUGUGAUGGGGGUGACAUACUGCUUCAGGAAGGAGGAUCAUGUGGUGAUUGUCAUGCCCUAUAUGGAGCAUCAAGCUAUUGUGGACAUCAUUGGCUCACUAAGCUUUGAUGAGGUCCGUCUGUACAUCUAUCACCUGUUGAAAGCCUUGAAGCACAUCCACCAGUUUGGCAUCAUUCACCGUGACAUCAAACCAAACAAUUUCCUCUUCAACAGGGGCAGCAGAACGUAUGCCCUGGUGGACUUUGGCCUGGCUCAGGGAACAGCAGACACCCAGAUUGAACUGCUGAAGGUGGUGAGGCAGAGGCCAACACAUAAAGGUGGAGGGUCCACAGUGAAGCAAGAUGCCACACAGCGGAGCAAAGCACUACCCAGACCACACCCUAAAACCACAAGCAUUACCACAGCCUCAACCUCACUACCUCUGCCUCCCAAACAAUCCACGGCCCUGCCAUCUUGCUCCUCUUCUUCCACUACCACCAUCACGACCACAUCUUCUUCAGCUUCUAGGAAAAUACUAGUUAAAAAAGCACGUUCUGUCACCACCACCUCCACACCUCGCACAAAGCACAUAAAGGAUUUGGCAGAACUGCGAAAAGAGCCGAGGCCUGUUUUUGGAGAGAAGAACAUGAACAGCUGCCCUCCAGCUGCCUCUACCACCAAACAAUCUGUUGUCAAGACAGAACUGUUAAAGCCUGUCAAAACGGAGGACUCAGCCAGCAGAAGGUUCUCGCCACCCAAUCGGGUUUCUCCAUCUGUCAGGACCCAGAGCAGCGGUCAGAAGCCACAGAGGUCUGUACAGCCAGGCCUCACCUGUAACUGCUACAUGACUGACCGCGUCUGCAAUGUCUGCAUGUCCAGGAAGCAGCAGGUGGCACCCAGAGCUGGAACUCCAGGCUUCAGAGCCCCAGAAGUUCUUACAAAGUGUCCCAACCAAGGGACAGCCAUAGAUGUGUGGUCAGCCGGUGUAAUUCUGCUCUCACUGCUCAGUGGUCGUUACCCAUUCUUCAAAGCCAGCGACGACCUGAUUGCUCUCACACAGAUUAUGACCAUACGAGGCUCCAAAGAGACCAUACAGGCUGCCAAGUCAUUUGGGAAGGCAGUGGUUUGCAGUCAGGUAUUUCCUCAGCAGGAUCUCAGAACACUGUGUGAGAUGCUCAGAGGACGAAGACCAUCGCCAGAUGAUGUCACACCACUUCACGGAGCCACCAAAGACUCCACUCACCAUCAGAAGAUCCAAGAUGAUACUCCUACACAUCGUCCCACUGAAGGAACAUUAAAGCAACAUCAGGAUGAAGAGGCUGAAUCUCAUUUGCCGGUCUCUUCUAGUCUCCCAAAACACCAGGAGGCCUCAAGCAGCAGCAAAAAAAACUCCAGUCACUUCACUAAACAGAGCUCAGAGGCAGACGACUCUGACAGGGGCUGGGACAGAGUCCCCGAUGAGGCCUACAACUUGCUGGACCGACUGCUGGACCUGAACCCUGCCACCAGAAUCACAGCUGCUCAGGCUCUUCAGUACCCAAUAUUCAAAGACCUGCCAGAAUCUAAUUAAAUCUUUUCCCUCCCAGUAAGACAUUUUAAAUUCUACAGACUAAAUAUUAAUUUAAAGGUCCAGUGUGCAGAUUGUAAUAAAGGCAGGGCUCCUCUGCUCCCUCCUACAGAACUGCAAUAGUUUUCCCAUCCAAGACAGGAUGUCACUCUUUGUUUUUGCAGUAAGCUUUCAAAACACACCCUCUGGCUGGUUUGUCUGUUUAAGCUAAAAUACAUAUAUACGUGGUUUAUUUUGAGGCUAUUAAAACCAAACCUAAUACUUUGAAACAUUUUAUUUUAAACCAUUUACACUCAUGCUCACUCACACUUUACACACUGGAUUUCUUAUGGCAGCUAUGUAACUAGACCAGAGAACUGGGGUUUUGCAAUUUGAAGGGCUCCAGUGACAAAGCAUUACAUCAGCUGCAAAUCAGUUUUAAGAUGAAAGAACAAAUGUUAAAUGUUCUUUUUUUUAGGCUCAGUCUUGUCAAAGCUGUAUGAACUGACUUAUGAAUGUGAGUGUCUAUUUCAGCUGUUCACUUAAACCACUGAAGUGAACACUGAUAUUGUCCUCAUUGCACUGGUAUAAUAAAGACAAAAGCAAGUGACAAACUCC